UUGAACGCUCCACAACAGUAAGUAAAACAUACAGUUCCUUCACCCAGAUUACAGCAACUUCGUGUUUUCCACUUCAGUAUGGCUUCUCCCACAGGAAAUAAGGGACUUGGACGACUGAGAGGAAAACGAUGUUUGGUUACAGCAGCUGCACAGGGUAUAGGGCGCACUACGGUGGAAACCUUUUUGAGGGAGGGUGCCGAUUUAGUCGUAGCUGUCGACUUCAAUGGAGAAAAACUGAAGAAACUGCAAAGUUUACCAGGUGUGGACUUACGCGUGAUUGAUGUCAGAGACGGACCAGCUAUUCGAAAACUGUCCCAGCAGUUGGACACCAUAGAUGUGCUGUUCAACUGUGCUGGGUAUGUUCAUGCUGGUAAUAUUUUAGAGACCACGGAGGAGAGAUGGGACUACAGUUUUGAUGUGAAUGUUAAGAGCAUGUAUUAUUUCAUCACAGCAUUCCUGCCAAAGAUGAUAGCUAAAGGGAAGGGCAGCAUCAUUAACAUGUCGUCUGCAGCCAGCACCCUGAGAGGCAUUGAAGCCAGAUGCGUCUAUGGAGCCUCGAAAGCCGCUGUGAUUGGCCUCACCAAAGGAGUAGCUAGGGAUUUCGUCCGUCUGGGAAUCCGAUGCAAUGUGAUUUGUCCAUCGCCAGUAGCUACACCGAGCUUCUCGGAGCGAGCCGCCGAUCUGAGCGACUCUGAUAAAGAUCACAUUGAGUAUUUGGAAACAAAGCUGAUAGGGCGCCUUGCCACCACCCAGGAGGUGGCUAACUUGUGCCUGUACUUGGCCUCGGAUGAGUCAUCAUAUCACACAGGCAACGUGUUUACCAUCGAUGGAGGAUUCACUCUCUGAAAUGGAGGUUUUACUUUCUGGCAACAGAAUAGAAAAAAAGAGAAAAAGUUCAGGCCACGUCCUAUGAAGAGCAGAGAUGACUGGCAGAGGUAACUCGAUAUAAAAUGAAAACAAAAAUUACAUUUUAAUUGUUGUUGUUUUUACUCAGUUUUAUUGCGGCAGACUGCUGCACUUGCUUUUGUGAAUUUGUAAAGAAUUUCUACUGAUUGUCUUUGUAAUUCGAUUUUCCUGAUAAACAAAAAUCGGACAAACGA